AUGGCUUCCUCUACAGCCUCUUCUGCUUCAGGGCCAACUACCACAGCAAUCCCUUCUUCUGCCGAGUUCGCAUCCUCCACAGCCUCCUCUCCCUCAGACACAGCACCCGCCAUAACACCCUUCCCCGCAGAACCUCCCUCUUCCAUGGCCUCCUCUCCCUCAGACACUGUCUCACCUACCAUCUCCUUCACUCCCACACCCUCCUUCUCCUCGGAGGCCUCCUCUGCAGCCUCUUCUCCCUCAGAGACCUCCCCAGCCGCUUCCUGUCCCUCGGACACCAUCUCCCCUACCAUCUCCUUCCCCGGCGGCCUGUCGCUCCCACAGCCUCCUUCUCCUCGGAGGCCUCCUCUGCCGCCUCUUCUCCCUCAGAGACCUCCCCAGCCGCUUCCUGUCCCUCGGACACCAUCGCACCUACCAUCUCCUUCACCGGCGGCCCUGUCGCUCCCACAGCCUCCUUCUCCUCGGAGGCCUCCUCUGCAGCCUCUUCUCCCUCAGAGACCUCCCCAGCCACCUCCUGUCCCUCGGACACCAUCUCACCUCCCAUCUCCUUCACCGGCGGCCCUGUCGCCUCCACAGCCUCCUUCUCCUCGGAGGCCUCCUCUGCAGCCUCUUCUCCCUCAGCCCGCAGACCCCCCCUCUUCCAUGGCCUCCUCUCCCUCAGACACUGUCUCACCUACCAUCUCCUUCACUCCCACACCCUCCUUCUCCUCGGAGGCCUCCUCUGCAGCCUCUUCUCCCUCAGAGACCUCCCCAGCCACCUCCUGUCCCUCGGACACUGCUCCACCUGCCUCCCUGCCUAGCAGUGCCCCUGAUGGCUCCUCUCCAGGCGCCUGGUCUCCCAGUGCUACCUUGCUCUCCGUCCCCUCCAUCAGAACCUCCUGCUCCCCAGGUACCACCUCUGCGCCAGGCUCCAUUUCCUUCCCUGUCCCCUUUCCCCUGGGAUCUUCUUCUGCCGUGGCACUCUCCUCAGGUGCGGAUUCCUCCAGUGCAAGCUGA